AUCUUUCUCAAAAUGAUACCGAAGUUAUUGAUAUUAAUGAUCGAAAUACUAUUACCCUCACAGGACAUGCAGACGCUGGUCUCCCAAUAGUCGAUGGUGCAACACUAGUUGGUUAUGUCGCAGCAAAUGAACUUGAACAUGCAUUAAAACAUGUAGAGGAAUUAUCAGAUUCAACAGAGUGUCAGUUCAGAAAAGAUGAACAUGAAGUACCAAUACCAAAUGGUCAAGGUCGUAUAAUUACAGAUUUUACAGCUUACACAGAUCAGGCACCGUUAACUGUAUCAAAAAAUGCUUCAUUAGAAGUUGUACUUGAAUUAUUUAAAAAAUUAGGGUUAAGAUAUGUUUGUGUUGUAAAUGGUGGAGAUUAUGUUGGUGUUAUACAUAAGAAACAAUUAUUAGUUUAUUUAAGAAAUCUUGCAACUAAAAGACCUCAAAUUUAA